AUGGUUGAGCUAGACCUACAAGUUCCUACCGCUUUUGAUCCAUUUGCUGAGGCAAAAGAUUCAGGUGACCCUGGUGCAAAGGAGUAUGUGCAUAUAAGAAUACAACAGAGGAACGGAAGGAAAAGUCUGACUACAGUCCAGGGGCUGAGGAAGGAAUUCAGCUACGAGAAGAUCCUCAAAGACCUCAAGAAAGAAUUCUGCUGUAAUGGUAAUGUUGUACAAGACAAAGAGCUCGGGAAGGUGAUCCAACUCCAGGGCGAUCAACGUAAGAAUGUUUCACAGUUUCUGGUUAGUGGAGGACUUGUGAAGAAGGAUCAGAUCAAGAUUCAUGGUUUCUAA